AUGUUUUCCCGCCGACGUUGGGAUGCCUCCAUGACCACCAUGCUUUUCGGGACUUCGGAAGAUAUGGUCUUCAAACUGCUAUUGAUAGACGUGGCUGCUGCAGUUCACGUUCUAAAGGGGAAGAAAAAAGACGUGCGUACAGGUUCAUCACAAAUACAGCGUUGCGGAGACACCAGGGGCUUGGGAAUCGAGGCGCGCCUGGAUUCUGAAGUGGCUGGUGAUCGUAUUUCGCAGUCGAAGCCGAUAAUCAUGCAGAUAUCUGGUAUGGUCUGCGUGGUCAAAGACCUAGCUUAG